AUGAAUAAAGAAGCAGCGCUAUCGACCGCCGAGCGCGACUUUAUCCUCGAUGCGCUCCGUGAAGACGUGAGGCUCGAUGGCCGCGCGGCAGACCAGCUGCGUCCCCUCAAGCUCUCGUUCGAAGAGGAAUAUGGCCAUGUGAAGGUGCAGCUUGGAAAGACGAGUCUUAUUGUCCGUAUCUCCGCCGAAGUUUCCAAGCCACAUGAUGACCGACCGUUCGAUGGUAUCUUCAAUAUCGCGAUGGAGCUGACGGCGAUGGGAUCUCCAGCCUGGGAGAAUGGCCGACAAGGAGACCUCGAAACGUACGUCACAAACGUGUUAGACCGAGUCAUUCGUCACUCGAACGCCCUGGAUACGGAAUCGCUGUGCAUUCUCAAAGGAGUCAGCUGCUGGACGAUACGGGCGGAUGUACACAUUACGGACUACGAUGGGAACUUGAUUGAUGCGUCUUGCAUUGGAGUCAUGGCCGGCCUGCAGCACUUCCGCCGCCCCGACGCGGUCGUCAAGGAGGGCCAGGUCAUUGUCUACGGUAUCGACGAGAAAGUCCCGGUGCCAUUGAACAUCACCCACAAGCCGCUGGCAGUCACAUUCCACACAUUUGACGAAGGAAAGCUAGUUAUUCUCGAUGCCACGCGGAAAGAAGAGCAAGCGUCCGAAGCAGAUGUUGUCAUCGGCCUAAACAAUGCUGGAGAUGUUUGCUACCUGUCGAAAUUCUCGGGCUCCCCGGUGGACGCCAUGGUAUUCGUGACGAAGACCACGGUCGCAUUGGAAAAGGUCAAGGAGCUCAACGGCAUUAUUGACAAGGCGUUGCAAGUUGAUUUCGCGAAACGGGCCAAAGGUGGUCUGGCAGAGCAAGCAAGAGCAGAAAACGAUCGAUUAAUAGGUUGA